UCAGUUCGGGACAAAUUAACAAUUCCAUCGGCCCAGGUGGAAAAGCAGCAGGUAGAUGUAGAAGCAAUCCAAUGACUCUUUGAAGGAUGGGAACUAAAUACCCCAAGAGAAAGGUCUGAACACUAUCACCCCUUUACUAGCUGGUGCAGUCAAAACAGAUCAGCACUGGAAAUGCUCUUCCAAAGAAAUAGCGCUCCCUCUGAGUGCUCCCCCAACUAUAUCAUGAAAGAAUGGGGCUUUGCAUGAAAACGGCCUUCAGCGACUCCCAAGGUACAGAAACCUCCCAUUUAAACACAGCUUCCCAUGACCCAGAUUCAGAUAAUCAAGUCAAGUCCCUCAGUCACGAGUCUGUGAUGACAACAGGUUGAAAUAAGAUAUAUCAUCCUUAUCACAGAUGGGGAUUCGUUCACCUUUUUCUCCAAGGCUAUAAUGUAUACAGAUUCCCUUCUGUUGACUGUGACAAGACCUCCUGAACUGCCAGAAAUUUUCACCGGAGAUCUUUAGAGAAGAAUACACGAAAUGUGUCUGGAGUUAAUCUUCAACCAUUGGGAAGAAAGAAUAUACAAUGUUUCUUUUUUAUUAUGAAUUUUUUAAGUCUUCACUCCUGCCAGUGUCAGGGAAAUAAUUGCGCUACAUCUCACAGAUCCUUCAACUAUGGUGAAAGGGGAAGCCAUCUCUCCCUUGAAGGAUGGAUGGAUAGAUGGAUCGAUGGAGAGAUGCUGGGAUUUCAAGCGAUGAGUGAGUUUUAAAGAAAGAUUUUACCUCUGAGACAAGCCGGCUUUCCCACCCACAAUAAGCGGGUGCUCCUGUCUGCUUCUCUCUUUAUUUUAGCAAGCCAUGUUUUGACAAUUCGUGAAAAAAAAAAAAAAAAAAAGUCUGUCUAGGGCAAAUUGAGCUGCUGAAGCAAUAAACAUUUAGACACAUAAUGUGAAUUGAGUUAUUGUUCUUGGUAGGGAUAUUCUCUGAGUUUGUUUCUCUUUUUUGGAAAGAGAAAGUGUCAGCCUGUUUCCCUCCCCCGGGUCUCUUGAAAUGGAAGUCUCCUUUCCCCGUAGUUGUUGCGAAUCCUUGACAAUAGCCCCAAGACUAGGUUAUCUCGCAGGAACUUCCAUUUCCAAAGAGUUGAGGGAGAUAAAGACUCAAAACAAUUGGACGACGUCGAGGGCUAAGAGCUGCAUCUUCAGGCCAGUUCGGCCCAGGUGGCCUCUCUGGGCGGCCCACAGGAUGACGGAGGGCCGUCGAUGUCAAGUACAUCUUCUUGAUGACAGGAAGCUGGAACUGCUAGUACAGCCCAAGCUUUUGGCCAAGGAGCUGCUGGACCUCGUGGCCUCUCACUUCAAUCUGAAGGAAAAGGAAUACUUUGGAAUAGCCUUCACAGAUGAGACGGGACACUUAAACUGGCUUCAACUAGACCGAAGAGUAUUGGAACAUGAGUUCCCCAAAAAGUCCGGACCGGUUGUUUUAUACUUUUGUGUCAGGUUCUAUAUAGAAAGCAUCUCAUACCUGAAGGACAAUGCUACCAUCGAGCUCUUCUUUCUGAAUGCUAAGUCCUGUAUCUACAAGGAGCUGAUCGACGUCGACAGUGAAGUGGUAUUUGAAUUGGCCUCCUAUAUUUUACAGGAGGCAAAGGGAGAUUUUUCUAGCAAUGAGGUGGUGAGGAGUGACUUGAAGAAGUUGCCUGCGCUUCCCACUCAAGCCCUGAAGGAGCACCCUUCCCUGGCCUACUGCGAGGAUCGAGUAAUUGAACACUACAAGAAACUGAACGGCCAGACCAGAGGUCAAGCAAUUGUAAACUACAUGAGCAUCGUGGAGUCUCUCCCGACCUACGGGGUUCACUAUUAUGCAGUGAAGGACAAGCAGGGGAUACCGUGGUGGCUGGGACUGAGCUACAAAGGAAUCUUCCAGUAUGACUACCACGAUAAAGUGAAGCCGCGGAAGAUAUUCCAAUGGAGACAGUUGGAAAACCUGUAUUUCAGAGAGAAGAAGUUUUCCGUGGAAGUUCAUGACCCCCGCAGGGCUUCAGUGACAAGGAGGACAUUUGGACACAGCGGCAUUGCAGUGCAUACGUGGUAUGCGUGUCCGGCUUUGAUCAAGUCCAUUUGGGCUAUGGCCAUUAGCCAACACCAGUUCUAUCUGGACAGAAAGCAGAGUAAGUCUAAAAUCCAUGCCGCACGAAGCCUGAGUGAGAUCGCCAUUGACCUGACCGAGACGGGCACGCUGAAGACCUCCAAGUUGGCCAACAUGGGGAGCAAGGGGAAGAUCAUCAGUGGCAGCAGCGGGAGCCUCCUGUCGUCAGGUUCUCAGGAAUCCGAUAGCUCUCAGUCGGCCAAGAAAGACAUGCUGGCCGCCUUGAAAUCCAGGCAGGAAGCGCUGGAGGAAACGCUCCGCCAGCGCCUAGAGGAACUGAAGAAACUCUGUCUUCGAGAAGCUGAGCUGACAGGCAAGCUGCCGGUUGAGUAUCCCUUGGAUCCAGGGGAGGAACCACCCAUUGUUCGAAGAAGAAUCGGGACAGCCUUCAAGCUGGAUGAACAGAAAAUUCUGCCCAAAGGAGAGGAAGCCGAGCUGGAACGCCUGGAACGAGAGUUCGCCAUUCAAUCCCAGAUUACGGAGGCUGCCCGCCGCCUCGCCAGUGACCCCAAUGUCAGCAAAAAACUGAAGAAACAAAGGAAAACCUCUUAUCUGAAUGCACUGAAGAAGCUGCAGGAGAUUGAAAAUGCCAUCAACGAGAACCGCAUUAAGUCCGGGAAGAAACCCACGCAGAGGGCUUCGCUGAUCAUCGCCGAUGGAAAUAUUGCCAGUGAAGACAGUUCCCUCUCAGAUGCCCUUGUGCUAGAGGAUGACUCUCAGGUCACCAGCACACUGUCCCCCUUACAGUCUCCUCACAAGGGACUCCCUCCUCGGCCACCGUCACACAACAGGCCCCCCCCUCCCCAGUCCCUGGAGGGACUCCGGCAGAUGCACUAUCACCGCAACGACUAUGACAAGUCCCCUAUAAAGCCCAAAAUGUGGAGCGAGUCCUCUUUGGAUGAGCCUUACGAGAAGGUCAAGAAACGCUCCUCCCACGGCCAUUCCAGCACCCACAAGCGCUUUCCCAGUACCGGGAGCUGUGCCGAAGCUGGAGGGGGCAGCAGCUCCCUGCAGAACAGCCCCAUCCGCAGCCUGCCCCACUGGAACUCACAGUCCAGCAUGCCGUCCACCCCAGACCUCCGGGUCCGGAGUCCCCACUACGUUCAUUCCACAAGGUCGGUGGACCUCAGCCCCACGCGGCUGCACAGCCUCGCCCUGCACUUUAGGCACCGGAGCUCUAGCUUGGAGUCCCAGGGCAAGCUCCUGGGCUCGGAGAACGACACGGGGAGCCCCGACUUCUACACCCCACGGACUCGUAGCAGCAACGGCUCCGACCCCAUGGACGACUGCUCCUCCUGCACCAGCCACUCGAGCUCGGAGCACUACUACCCGGCGCAGAUGAACGCCAACUACUCCACGCUGGCCGAGGACUCGCCGUCGAAGGCGCGCGCGCGGCAGCGGCAGCGGCAGCGGGCGGCGGGCGCGCUGGGCGCGGCGAACUCGGGCAGCAUGCCCAACCUGGCGGCGCGCGGCGGCGGCGCGCACGGCGGCGGCGGCGGCGCGCACGGCGUCUACCUGCACAGCCAGAGCCAGCCGAGCUCGCAGUACCGCAUCAAGGAGUACCCGCUGUACAUCGAGGGCAGCGCCACGCCCGUGGUGGUGCGCAGCCUGGAGAGCGACCAGGAGGGCCACUACAGCGUCAAGGCGCAGUUCAAGACCUCCAACUCGUACACGGCGGGCGGCCUGUUCAGGGAGAGCUGGCGCGGUGGCGACGAGGGCGACGCGGGCCGCCUGACGCCGUCGCGCUCGCAGAUCCUGCGGACUCCGUCGCUGGGCCGAGAGGGCGCCCACGACAAGGGCGCGGGCCGCGCCGCCGUCUCGGACGAGCUGCGCCAGUGGUACCAGCGCUCCACGGCCUCGCACAAGGAGCACAGCCGCCUGUCGCACACCAGCUCCACCUCCUCGGACAGCGGCUCCCAGUACAGCACCUCCUCCCAGAGCACCUUCGUGGCGCACAGCAGGGUCACCAGGAUGCCCCAGAUGUGCAAGGCCACGUCAGCUGCCUUACCUCAAAGCCAGAGAAGCUCAACACCAUCAAGUGAAAUUGGAGCGACGCCCCCGAGCAGCCCUCACCACAUCCUAACCUGGCAGACUGGGAGCUACACCGACAGCUGUUUCCUGGACUCCUCCCUCUAUCCCGAACUAGCCGACGUCCAGUGGUACGGGCAGGAGCAAGCCAAGCCCGGCACCCUCGUGUGAGCCAGCCGGCCUCGAUCUGACCGCCUCAACGCCAUUCAGAGAUCACCUCACUGCCUCUCAUUUGCCUUACCCAGACGCACUGUCACCCCGCACCAGCUUCGGCCCUCAGCACUUUUUUUCCUCCCGUCUCCGCAUCCCCUUCACCCUCAAAAACCUGACUGAGGAGACAUUCUGGAAGGUUCCGGUCCCACUGUGUGUCCCCCUGGCGCUCUCGCCCACGGAGAGCCAGGCACCAAUCCUCAGCGGCACCUUGGUGGCUUCCCCCUGCCGUGACAGCCCCCAGGCCAGGACCCAUCAGGGAAGGUGGCGGACAUCCAGUUCCCGUGGACAAGUGGCAGGAGAACAGGAAAGGGGACUUACGUACAGGGUGAUCCCGAAGGACUGUUCGCUGUGGCCAGCCUGCGCCCCCCCUCGCGGGCCCACCGCGUGCUCGGUGAGGAGGGUGCCGCGGGCGUGCGCGGAGAACACUCAGUUGACACUUGACAUGUUCCCUGGGGGAGUGGCUAGCGGGGGAGGGGAAGGAGAUUGAAAAAGGAAGCUUCACGUGUCCAAGAUGCAUCCGAGGAUCACAAUCAGUUCUAUGCUGCCAAAGAUUUAAAAAAAAAAAAAAAUUAAAAUAAAAAAAGAGGGGCCAAGAGGAAGACAUUCUUUCUGCAAUGAAAUCUUUUAAAUUCUUAACUGCUACUAACUCAUCACAGUGAAAAGUCAACCAUUUGUAAAUUGUUUCCCCUCUUUAUCCCUCACCCUUAACGGCCCACCUUCUCUCUCAGGCCAGAGCCUGGAAAACUAACCCGGUAUGAUGGUCAAGUGGAGGGAGCCAGAGCGGCGCCGCGGCCUCGGGCCCCCGGGGGUGUGCACACGGAGGACAGGCCUGCGGGCAGGGAGCAGGGGGGCGCCGUCAGCCCGGUCUGCACGGGGGUCGGGUCCAAGCUCACCGCCUUCCUGCUGGGAUCUGGAGGAAACGGAAGGUGGGGAUUGCCAAAAGCGCUUCUCUCUCAUUAAAACAAGCAGUAAAAGCGUGUCCUCUUGUUUUGCACAAGGUGUUUGAUUUUAUUUUUCAUGGGAAACCAAGGGAAAAAGCACAUCACGAUCCAUUCGAGUGUUUAACUGUUGUGGCUCAUUUUAUACUUGUUAGCACUUGUGUGACAAAGAGCUCAGACCCGACUUCUCUCGGCACCCGGUUACCAAUGUGUCACUUAUUCCAAGAACCCAACUAUGCCCUUAGGUAGGAAGAGUUGACCCCCGCGUCUACUAGCUAGCAGGCGGAGCGGGGCUGAAGGGCACGCCAGCUCCCAGAGGGCCCGGAUGCCGCCGGCGUCGGCAGCUACCUUGACGUACCACAGUCGUCCGCAGCAACCCAGAGGGGAGGAAAGAGCCGCACGUUUACAUGUGCCUUGAGCUAUGCUUAAGACACAACUGGAAAGCCAUCUAUCUUCAAAGGCCUCAAAAAUACUUUUAUAAUCCUAACAAGCGCACACUCUUAGUUGGGUUAUUCAAAAUGGCACAAACACGGUCUCCACGGAGGUGGGACGCUGUGCUUAUUGGCGCAAGUGGGGGGUGGGCGGGGGGGAGGGACAGUUUUUCUCACUUGUAACGACUUCCUAUUGGAAAGGCAUUUGACAGCCAGGGACAGGAGCUGGGGUGGGGUAGUUUUGGGGGAAAGCAGAACCACAGUUAGCUUUAGCGUAAAAAGAAAAAUCUUCGGUUUUUUUUACGUACGUGUAAUCCAAGAACAAGACUCUACCAGACCAGGAGGGAAGACGGACCCUAAAGUAAGUUUCACAACGCUCCCUCUGUUGCAGCUUGGGAAGCGCUGUGGGCUCCCGGCAUGCUGGGGCCACUCCGGACAAUUCAGGGCCUGCUUUCCCCAGGCCUGUGGGCACUGGAUUGGUGACACAGCUUGGGGGAAGGGGCGAACAUUCACAGAACACUUGGGUAAACCCUGCGGGAUAGACAAAACUGGUUCUAAUGUUAUUACCCGAUCCUGGGGACGGAGGGGUGGUAUUUUUGUUGCUGGUAUUUUGACGAUCAGAGCUACGGCCAACAGGUUUUUUUUCCUUCCCCAUUCAGAACGUUAUACCCUGGGCCAUUUUUCUUUCACCCCAAAGACACACUGGCUAAUCAGACUGAACCGUGUGCGACAGGAAAAGUGCAGAGAAACAAGAGGAGGGGACGAGGUCACGUGGCUGCAGGUUACACGGCAUGUCCCGUAGUUUCAAGUCGAGGCUGCAGUCCCCGCCCCCCCCCCCCACCGCCACCCCGGAUCACGCUUUUAGCCCAGCUGGGUGACAGGGAAUGUGAGACGAAAAAUCUUUCUCAACACUUGGGUUUUGAAUUCAGGAGGCAGAAAAGAACGGAGAGGGGGGGGAAUUGCAGUUCAGACAAAGGCCACGAUAGUCUGGUAGGAAAGAGAUGAAGUAAAACAGGUUUUACUGUUGAGCUGCUGAGUUCGGUUACUACAAAUGUACAUAAUGUUAGUCCUUUGAGAGCCACGGGAUUAAGGAUCAGUGUGGUGGGGAACAGCAGUUACUGUAAACAAGCGCUUGCAAGCUCUUCACAGAUCCGUCUUUCUUUCAAGCAAAAUAAGACGGAAUAUGAAGCCCCUGGUCUGAUAUAAAGCCCCUACUGGAUUCUUUGGAUACAUGUAAGAAGUUGCCUGUUUAGCCUGAAGACUGGUGGGGACCCUUACAUCAGACUUUGUUGUGAGACAGGUGGAUUUUUUUUAUUAUACGCAGGUGAGUGUUGAAACUGUUAAAAUCCCAAUUCGUUUUCAUUCAGUGUUAGUUCUAAAUAGAGCAGACCCCCUCCAGGUGCUAUCAGAUGACCAGUUACUGCUUAGUUAACUAGGUGUAAAGUUUUACAUAUACAUUCAUGUCAAUAGUUAUCACACGUUGUGUAAAAUGGACUCUAGUUUAAUAAUGGGGAGAAAGGAUUAGGUUGCUCCUGAAACUGACUGUAGAGCAUGGAAAAUGAUUUUACUGGAUUCUGUUCAACUGUAAUCAAUGAAAAGGAUGUAUGUUGUAGACAAAGUUGCAGAAUUAAAAAGAAAUCUGCUUUUAAUUUAUUCUUUUUGUAUUAAGAAUUUGUAUAGUACCUUUACAUUUUGCAAAACAGUGUUGUCAACACUUAUUAAAGCAUUUUCAAAA